UUGAGGGGCCGCUCCAUUUGCGUCAGAAACAAUGAUUCCAGAAACGCAUGCAGGAGAUGAGACAUCAAGAAGCGUACAGGAAGUCCUAGGUUUUCUUGUUCAAACAAAAUUAUGCAGAAGUCUAGCACAAUGAACCUUAUCUUGACUACAACGACGAUCUUCGAAACAGUGACGAUGACGUUUUUGCCAGGGUGUGCGGGAACUGAACAUCGUACUGAAGCAGAGCGUGGGGGGGUCACAAAGAGCAAAGGAAUAAGCCGACCACAGCUUGUGCAGGCAUCGGACAGACAUUGUGGGAAUCAAUUUUAUUUUGACAGCCAAAGGGGUUUUUUAAAAGCUGGGUCAAUAGAUUAUCAUGGCGAUUUUUGAAAAAUAAUAAUUUUUUGAUCUGAUGUCUCUACGCUUUCUGCCUUCUCUGCUAUCCAAACGUACCAUGUCUUCCCUUACUCCUGUCCAAACCUCCAAGGCUCCUAGUGCCAUUGGCCCAUACUCCCAGGCUAUCAAGGUCAACAACCUUGUUUACACCUCUGGUCAGAUUCCCGUCAUCCCCGAGACUGGUGAAAUCGUCGAGGGUGGUAUUCAGGAGCAGACCCAUCAGGUCAUGAAGAACCUCGGUGAAGUUCUCAAGGCUUCUGGUUCUUCUUUGAACCGCGUUGUCAAGACCACCGUCUUCAUCAAGAACAUGAAUGACUUUGUCGCCAUGAACGAGGUUUACGGCACUUAUUUCCCCGAGACCAAGCCUGCCAGAUCAGCCGUCGAAGUUGCCCGUUUGCCCAAGGACGUUCAGGUCGAAGUUGAAUGCGUUGCUUUGACUGACUAAAAAUAGAGAGACAGCAACAAUAAAAACUGUACGACAAAAAUCCAUUCUUCCAUUGAGACGUG